AUGGAGAUGGAGAUGCGCGCUGAGCGCGAGUUGCUGGAGGACUUUGAGUCCAUUCGCGUCAGCACGAGAUCCACUGGCCCAUCUCAGCCCCUGCAACAACAACAGCAGGGCCACGGGACGGAGCUCACGAAGGUGUCCAUCAUUGCCGAGGACAUGCCCUCCGCGCAGAUCGUGGAGCAGGCCAGUAAGCUUGCUGCGUCUGUGCGGAGGAUGGCCGUGAAAUCGAAGAAUUUGAAAGGCACCUUCGUGAGGCAGUUUAAGGAGGCUGCCUCCGGUAUGGAAGAGGCAGUGCACCUCCUGGCUGGCCGCGCCAGCUCGGACGCCGAGGUCAGGCGCCUGAGUGCGGCCAACAAGAGGCUUAACGAGGAGGUCGCGGAGAUGCGCGAAAAGAUCUCCGCCUUGAGGGGCGACAAAGAGGCUGCCCAGGUCAAACUGGACAGCGUUGCCGCCGAGAAUAGGACCCUCAGAGCGGAGGUCGAAGCGCUCCACGACGAACUGCGGGACAUGAGGAAGGAUCUCAUGUCCCUCAGAAUGGCACGUCUCAAGGAGGCGAAGAAGAAAAGGCCAAGUGAGCGACCGAUCGAGUCGUCUUCGCCCGUGCCCUCCGCAUCCCACGGAGGCAGUGGCGGGGGCGCCCGGUCCUCACCUGAGCCACCAUCUCCCCCGGGCACCCCGGGAGGGCAGGGUGGGGCGGCUGAGCCCCCCCCUAGGUUGGCCGAGAGUCCCUCCCGAAAGGGCCCAAGUGAUGGGGCUGCAAGUUUGCCCCUAAGGGACGAAGGUCGUCCGAUUCCUCCCCCGCGUACGGGGAGGCCCAGGGAUCCAGAGUCCUUCAAGCACUGGGAGCGGAGGAUCAUGGAUGGUACCUCUUCUUCCCAGCCCUCUCCUCCCCCUACGGAUGAGCCUUGGACCCAAGUGGUGAGAAGAGGGAAAGGUAAAAGCAGGGCAAAAGGUGAACCGGCGCUAGUGCCGGCACCCCAACCCAAGGGCAAAGAAGGGAGAACUGCCGCCGCCAAGGGCGGCAAACCCUCCUCACCCAAGCCCAAGCUAGGCAAGCCCCCCAGAUGUGCGGCCAUCACGCUCACGACUGUCCAACCCAAUGUCAAACUGGGGGACGUGAUGGCGUACAUCAGAGGGAAGGUUCGGCCGGAGGACCACGGCGUUGACGUGAUCCGGCCGAAACGAGCGAUCACCGGGGCCCUGGUCAUGGAGGUCCCCGGUGACAACAGUGAGGCAAGGGCGGACGCGUUGUGCGCCGCCAUGGCGCCUUACGCGGCAGAAAAGGGAGCCAGGGUCUCGAGGCCCGUUAAAACCGCAGAAAUGCGGAUAAAAGGCCUCGAGGACUCUGUCUCCUCGGACGAGGUUAGGGCCGCGGUUGCAUCCGUCGGGGGUUGUCGGCCGACCGAUAUCAAGGUCGGCCAAGCUCGCGCUUCCUCCAGCGGAUUGCAAACCGCCUGGGUGCAAUGCCCAUUAACGGCGGCCAGAAAGGUGGUCGCGGAGGGAGCCAUCCGGGUAGGGUGGGUCCGCGCACCGGUGGAGGCCCUCGAGCGGAGACCCCUCCAGUGCCACCGAUGUCUCCGGCGCGGGCACGUCAUCACGACGUGCACCUACACCGCGCCGGGAGAAGAUCGAAGGGGCCGGUGUUACCGGUGCGGUGGCCGGGGCCACCACGCAGCGGAGUGCACGGAGCCACCAAGGUGCCCGCUGUGCGCCGAUCUCAGCAGACCAGCGGCCCACCGUCUGGGCAGUAAGGCCUGCGCCCCCGUCCCCAAGAGGGGAAAAAGCAGGGCGCAGAAGGCUGGCGCGAGUGUUUCACCCCAACCAGCCGCGGGGACGGAAACCGCCGGCGCCUUGGGAGCAACCCCAACACCGACGACAGCUGAGGGGGCGAUCCAGCUCCUUGAGGAAAGUGCCCAGGAGGAAGGGAUGGAGGUGGAGGUGCCACCCACAUCAUAG